AUAUGGAAUCUGCAGGAUGUGGGCAAAUAAUGGAAUAAAAGCUGGCCACCCCAGUCAGCAGUGGCUGGGAACCGCUCAGGUACCCUUCCACACCGUGGAAACUUUGUUCUUUCCCUCUUGAUGAAAAAUCUUGCUGCUGCUCACUCUUUGGGUCCACAGCACCUUUAAGAGCUACAACGCUACCACGACGGUCUGUGGCUUCAUUCUUGAAGUCAGUGACACCACAAACCCACUGGAAGGGAGAAACUCCAGACACAUCUGAAGGAACAAACUCCAGACACACCAUCUUUAAGAGCUGUAACACACACUGUGAAGGUCCGCGGCUUCAUUCUUGAAGCCAGCGAGACCACGAACCCUCUGGAAGGAACCAACUCUGGACACAGCAGGACGUGAGACUUCUACCUGCUCACUCAGAAUCAUUUCUGCACCAACCAUGGCCACCUUUGUGGAGCUCAGUACCAAAGCCAAGAUGCCCAUUGUGGGCCUGGGCACUUGGCGGUCUCCUCUCAGCAAAGUGAAAGAAGCAGUGACGGUGGCCAUUGAUGCAGGAUAUCGCCACAUUGACUGUGCCUAUUUCUAUGAGAAUCAACACGAGGUGGGGGAAGCCAUCCAAGAGAAGAUCCAAGAGAAGGCUGUGAAGCGGGAGGACCUGUUCAUUGUCAGCAAGGUAUGGCCCACUUUCUUUGAGAGACCCCUUGUGAGGAAAGCCUUUGAGAAGACCCUCAAGGACCUGAAGCUGAGCUAUCUGGACAUCUAUCUUAUUCACUGGCCACAGGGAUUGAAGACUGGGGAUGACUUUUUCCCCAAAGAUGAUAAGGGUAAUAUGAUCGGUGGAAAAGCAACGUUCUUGGAUGCCUGGGAGGCCAUGGAGGAGCUGGUGGAUGAGGGGCUGGUGAAAGCCCUUGGGGUCUCCAAUUUCAACCACUUCCAGAUCGAGAGGCUCUUGAACAAACCUGGACUGAAAUAUAAACCAGUGACUAACCAGGUUGAGUGUCACCCAUACCUCACACAGGAGAAACUGAUCCAGUACUGCCACUCCAAGGGCAUCACUGUUACGGCCUACGGCCCCCUGGGCUCUCCGGAUAGACCUUGGGCCAAGCCAGAGGACCCUUCCCUGCUGGAGGAUCCCAAGAUUAAGGAUAUUGCGGCAAAGCACAAAAAAACCACAGCCCAGGUUCUGAUCCAUUUCCAUAUCCAGAGGAAUGUGACUGUGAUCCCCAAGUCUAUGACACCAGCACACAUUGUUGAGAACAUUCAGGUCUUUGACUUUAAAUUGAGUGAUGAGGAAAUGGCAACCAUACUCAGCUUCAACAGAAACUGGAGGGCCUUUGACUUCCAGGAAUUCUCUCAUUUGGAAGACUAUCCCUUCGAUGCAGAAUAUUGAGGUUGAAGCGCCUGGUGAGAUUACACAGGGGAUUUUCUUUCUUCACUGAAGUGUGACUGUCUCCACUCAAGUACUAUUUUAGCCAAGCUUAUCUGAGAUCACAGUGAACUUUGUCCUGUUGUAGACCAGAAUCGAGGUGCUGUUUUAGACAUGUAUUUCUGUAUGUUCAACUAGGAUCAGAAUAUCACAGAAAAGCAUGGCCUGAAUAAGCAAAUGACAAUUUUUUCCACUUAUCUGAACUGAUCAAAUGUUUGUUAAGCACCAGAAACUCUGCCAACACUGAGGAUGUAAAGAUAAAUAAUAAAAAAUAAUGAUUGUAACC